AUGGCACGCGGGCCCCGUUCCGCCCUUCAAGCUGGCCUCGCCGCAGUCCUCGCGGUCGCCCUCGUUGCUCUCGCGCUCCUCGCGAAACCCGGCGACGCGCUUCAAGGCGACUCGACAGUGCGAUUUAUCUCUAAAUCGUACAUUUCCAACCCUUAUGCCUUCGAUACUCAGUGCGUGAAUUCGACGUUGCCGAGUGGCACAUAUGACGCCGAGAUCACGUGGGGCAUUUAUCCUGGCCAGCCCGCGUGCUUCAACAUGUCCUUCUAUUCCUUCCCAAGCUGCGUGGGAGUUUCCUUCGUGUCGAAACUGCGCCCUUCAUCCAACACUACCACCAAGUGGACGCUCUCCCAGAAGCCAGCGUCAGUGUUUUGCCAGGUGUGA